AUGCGGGCCGAGGCCAAGUCUGGCGAGCGCAAAAAAGGGACGCCAUGGAAGGAGGAGGAGCACCGGCUUUUCCUGCUGGGGCUGGCCAAGCUGGGCAAGGGUGACUGGCGGGGCAUCUCCCGCCACUACGUAACUAGCCGCACCCCUACUCAGGUGGCCUCGCACGCGCAGAAGUACUUCAUCCGCCUCCAGUCCUCCAAGAAGAAGAAGCGCGCCUCGCUCUUCGACAUCACCGCCGCGGACGACCCGCGACUCCAGCAGCCCGGCGCCGCGACGCUCCCCCCCGCCCCAGCGCCCCCGCGCAGCAGCGCACGCGCCCCGGCGCCCGCCCCGGCGCCCGCGAGCCCGGAGGACCUGCGCAACGCGAGCGAGCCGACGUUCCCCGGGGCCUCGCCCACGACGUACGUCGUGCAGCACCCGGGCGGGCGCGUCGCGGUGCUGGCCCCGCCGCCGGCAGGCCUGCACCCGACGUCGCUGCCGAUGGGCCAGGCGCCCGCGUACGUCGUGAACCCGCCGGGCACGUACGGCCUGAUGUACUACCAGCUCUGCGCCGCGCCGCCGCCGCCGGCGCAGGCGCAGGACGGCGCGGAGCGCGAGGAUGCUACGUCGCGCCUGUACCGCCCCACCGCGGGGCUGCCGCGGCCGCCGAGCACCGGGUUCGAGAUGGACGGGCCCGAGGCCAAGGCGUGCAUGUCCGGCACGGGGCUGCCGCUCACGUGCCGCCUCCUCGGCCUCGCGUGGGUCGCCAGCGAGGAGCUGAGCAAGUCGGAUGGCCUGGGCAUGGACAGCGGCUCCGGCGCGCAAGGCGCGAAGAAGGAUGCCGAGGACAGCCUGGGCGCGAGCACGCAGCAGGCCUCGGAGGGCGGCGCUGGCGGCACGGCGCGCGCCUGCCAGUCGCACGACGCGGCGCUGAUCCAGCAGAUCGACGCGCGCAUGCACGGGCCUACUUCUGCAGAGCCCGCCGUCGCAUAG